AUGAGUGGGGAUACACCAGAUAUUCAAGAAUCUCAAGAUAUCUACCUGAAUAAAGAUGAAAUGCUUGAAGAAGAUGUUGAGGAUACGGGUGAACCAAUGGACGAUGAUGAAGGGGAUGUUGAAGGGGAUGUUGAUGGAGAUGGGGAUGUUCAAGGUGACAUGGAAGAUCAACAGGCUAAAUUGGACAUGAUUAACGCAAAAGAUGAUUCCAUUCAAGGAUUCUUUAAUCACAAGGAACCUGUUUACGCUCUAUCCAUACACCCAAUCAACCCUGAUAUCGUUGCUAGUGGUGGUGGUGACGAUAAGGCUCAUAUUUGGUCUAUAACCGACGGAGAACACGCUAUUGCCGUCUUGGAAGGACACACCGAUUCAGUAACUUCAACUGCAUUCUCAAGUGAUGGUCAGUUGUUAGCUACAGGUGGUAUGGAUGGAUUUGUUAAGAUCUGGGAUUCCUCAGAUUGGUCUUUGAAGGUUGAUUUACAACUUGGUGAUGAAUGCACGUGGAUUGAUUGGCAUCCAAGAGGUAACGUUUUACUCACUGGUUGUGCAGAUUCGACCAUUUGGAUGUGGAAAUUACCAAAAGGUGACAAUAUGAACGUAUUCUCUGGGCACACCGAGAUGGUCACCUGUGGUAGAUUCACCCCAGAUGGGAAAUCUAUCGUUUCUGCUUCUUCAGAUGGCUCACUCAUCAUGUGGUCACCAACAGAAGCAACACCAAUAACAAAGAUUACUGGAAAUGAUGCUCGUUUUAACCUCGAUGGUGGUAUAACUGCCAUGUCAGUGAACCCUGCAGGUACAAUUGCAGUCGCAGGUGGUGCUGCAGGUGGUGUGAGAGCUGUUAACCUAGCAAAUGGUCAAGUUGUAGGUAGUUUCGAAUGCCACAAGGAAGGUGAAUCUAUUGAAGCUAUCUCAUUUUUACCUGAAGGUGCUGCUGGUCAAGGUCCUGCUGGAGUUGUUGUCACUGGUGGUACAGAUGGUGUUAUCAACGUGAUUGAUUUAACAACUAUGCGUGUUCGUAAUACAAUAACUAUAGAGGAACCUGUCACAGUUUUAGAAUUCCAAAAACAGUCUCCUUUCUUUACUGUUGGUUCAGUUGAUCAUAAAGUACGCAUAUUCGAUGCACGUACAGGUACACUUUGCAAAGAAUUGGAGGGUCAUUCAGAACCCGUAUUGAGUAUUGCAGUUUCAAGUGAUGGCAGUAGAAUAAUAUCAGGCUCGGAUGAUGGUACAGCUUUGGUAUUUGAAGGUGAUAGUAAUACAAAGUAA